AACGACGAAGGAAACACCACCAAACCGACGAAGAAAGCACCAUUAUAACGACGAUGGAAACUCCACCAAAACGACGAAGAAGCACCAUUAUGACGACGAAGGAAACUUUACCAAAAAUGACGAAAGUACUAUCAAAACGACGAUGAAAGCACUAUCAGAACGACGAAGGAAACAUUAUUAG